GCGAAACACCCGUGGGUUCGCGCGUACCCACUCGUCGUUCCAGUCUUAUCUCGACGAGGGCUCGCCGUACACACGCGCGCGCGCGCGCACUCGCUUGCUCCGUUCUUUCUCGUUUCUUCUCUUCUAUUUCGCUUUUUGACUUGGGAAACAGUGUCUGGUUCCCAUUUUUUUUCUUAUCUCGAGUCACGAAUCGUGUUCAUCGUUCUUUGCGUGAAUAUGGAUACGAAUCAGGCGCCUCUUUCCCCACCGGCCUCGCCCCAGUUGAAACAUAUGGAACCACUACAGUUAUCGUUCAGCGUUGCGGCUCUGUUAGGGGAAAAGCUUUCGAAUCAGUCGACAAAAUCCAAGAAAGAUGAAGAGGACGCAGGCUCUCACCCCGUUCUACCGCCUACCCCUCAGCCCUCCGACUCGGAGGAAGAUGAGCCACCCCGAAAGCGGCGAUGCGUCGAGCAUUGCGAGCUGGCGAAGCUGCUGCUAGACGGUACGCCGCCGCCAAGUCCAGAGCCAGCCCGGGUUUCGGUAAUAAUGCACGCCAAUCGAGAUGGUACCUGCAGCCCGGCCAAUCUCGCUGGUUGCCCCGCGACCUGCGGCCGAUCGGUACCACGUGAUUCGCCCGCGCGACAGUCAACCAGUCCACAGGCGAACGUGCGAGCGAACGUAACGGGACCGGUGGAGAACGUGCUGCGCAGCCUGAAGUUCAAAAUGAGCUUGCGUAAGGAAGAGAUCAUUGUGAACAGCAAGAACACCGAUCGUGAAAGCUGUCAGCAGCAACAGCAGCAAUAUCAACCUCAACAACAGCAACAAUUACCGAAAUUGCAACCCCUGGCGCCCAAACCCACACCCAUUGUGGUAGCUGGCCUGUUGGGCUCACCUUUGGUCCUCCCACGGACACCCCUUCUGUUAGUCGCAAGUGCAGCGCCGACUGUCACCACCGCCACGACCACGACGACGAGUACAGGUGUGGCGGAGACACGGCGCCGCGUUUACGAGUGCGAGUACCCGGGCUGUGGCAAGAACUACUUCAAGUCGUCACACCUGAAGGCUCACACCCGCACCCACACCGGCGAGCGGCCAUUUCCGUGCCCGUACGAGGAUUGUAACCGUCGUUUCUCACGUAGCGACGAACUGUCGCGGCACAAGCGUACGCAUACCGGCGAGAAGAAGUUCGCCUGUGCCGUCUGCCAAAGGCGAUUUAUGAGGAGCGACCACCUGGCGAAGCACGUGAAACGUCACGCCAGGGACAAGUCCUCCACGUCGUCUUCCUCGAACGGUCAGAUCGUCGCCUCCCAGAUGACUCCAACGCCGCUGAGAGUGAGUUUACUGCCGGUGUUGGCGCCGCGACUGACGCGACCUGUUCAACAGCUGAUACCUCCUCAGCUGGCGGCUUGAAGGACGCACUCGCGAUUUCCGAAAUCGCUUGAGAAUAGUACUUCGUCAAUCACGCGUGUGCCUUAGACUUCAGGAUCGAAUUGAAUUGCUUCCGGCAUUUGAAGAUGAAAAGCAGCAUGAAUAGAAAACUAGACUGAUUCAAUAAAUUGAGGCAAUGUUAAAAAUGAAAAUUAAAAUAUUCAAUAUUUUAAAAAUUAUAUUUAAGAUAUAAAAAAUGAAUUUUGAUUCAUCCUGAUGGAGUGACAUUAAUUAGAUAGAAAAAUAUGAUAGCAAGAACCUCGAUCUAUUGACAUUAAUCAAAUCAAUUGGAAGGUGUCAAAAAAUGGAUUUCGAUGUUUCAAGAUGGGAUUACUAGAAGGAAAAUGGAGCAAAUUGAUCUAAGCGGGGAGAAAAACUGCAGAAAAAAAGGGGUGGAGUGAAGACACGAGACGACGAUUGGUCCAUCGCAUAGAGAUUUUCGUGUCGUCCGCAAAUCGAGUACCUAAAUGUGUCUGUGAUCUGUGACACGUGAAGAUUAGUGUGUCGUUCACUCGAGAGUUCUGCUAUUUCACGAGUCACUUACGGUGAGUCGGAUUCGAAUUCGCAGCGUGCAUUCAGUGCUAAAUGCAGCCGCAUGCUUUUCAGUAUGGAACAAUGUGGAAUGUGAGUUUAGCAGCGUUAAACAAAUUGAAUGGACAGCAUUUAACGCUACAUAUGGAACAUUGAGAACGAAUUUCGAAGGAUAUCGUUUAAAAUCCUUCGCUGGUCAGAGAUUCUUUAUAGACAAUGUAGAAAUCUAAAAGCUAUUUGAAAGAUAUUAUAGCGAUAUUUUUUCUCAGAUAUUCUUUCAGCCUGUUUUAGAUUUUCCUAUUGUUUAACUUACUGAUAUAGCUGUUCUCCGUGAAUGGAACUCUUUAGCAUCAAAUUCGAGCGCGUUGACCGAGAGACAGAAAGAAAGAAUAUUUAUUUAUGAGGAGACAUUAUUGAUUUAUGUAUAUAACGGUUAUGUACAGGAUUCUAAGAUUAUGAUCACGCUAACGAAACUAGUUGUACAUAUUGAAUAUGGAUAGGAGCGAAUGCAAUAAACAAUAUCAUGCAGAUUAUCAUCUCACCUUGAUCGGUUCUGUUGAUUUUU